UCCAGCUUUUUGGCGCUACGAGAUUGACUUCUAUGGAGGUGGAGAACUGAGCUCAUGGUCCACUAGCGAGAAUGCUCAAAAGAACUACGAAGCAACCUCUAGCUUCCAAUGUCCUUCAAUAAUGUCGCUCCUGAUACACUAGAUUGAUUAGCUUCUUUCACUAAAGUCUAUCCUCGUCCCUGGUCAAGCUAUCGACAACUCUAUGAAGGAACAGCCACUUCAAACUGCGAGAAUAUCGCUCUCACUCUCAUCCCACGGGUACGCCUCAACCCCCCCCUCGAGUUUUGAUCUUGACCUCAAACUGACUCUACCCUUGAAGCUCGAUAUUCUCUGCCUUCUCCCAUGCUUUACGCGAGAUACAAAGACCAUCCUGAAUUCUCCAGGCACCACGAACUCAAUACCACCUCCGCUGUAUUGAAGCUCCAAAACUUCAUUGCCAAAGGUUUUCAAGGUGGAGCUGCAGCAUAUUGGCAAAGUCUACCGUCUCUCCUCACGCACCUACCUCGCGCUCUUCAUCCUACAGAGAUUAAAGCCUCACUAGACUUCUUUUCAGCCCUUGGAGAUGGAAUCAACAGCGGAGUAGAGCACAGAAAUUGCACCCAAUCACACCACAAGCUAUUGACUUUUCUUCUUUUUAGACAAAGAGCACAAGGAGGGAGUCCCUCAACAAGCCAACAUGCCCUCUGCUCAUACUCCUCCAAGACCAUCGCGUCUCCGUCGACUCUCUUCCUUCCUCCCCUGGAUCAGCACGCAACCUUAGCUGCAAGAAGAUGUUCUGCGAAAGCCUGUUCCACGGAAACACCUCCCCUCACAAUUCGAAGCACAUCCCACAAGCGUUCCAGCGCAACUUGCUCCAGCAGUCCCUGCUUCCGAACCUUCAAGCAGCCAGUCGCGCUCGCUCCUACCUCGAAUUGCCUCCAGUAGUCCAACGUCUGCCCUCUUUCCGCAGACGAAUUCUUACUUCCUUCAAUCAACACACAAUCUAAGUCUCCAUUGCUGAGCAACUCGCACCCAAGCAGGCUUUAAUCCCUGGCCUUGACAAGACAUGGAGGCGAGAAACAGCAACACUUCAAAUUGUGCUUUGCCGCGCGUGCA